UGGCCCAACCAAAAGCUGAUCAAGUGGGAGGAGCUGGAAACAAGAUUCUAGGUAGUGGGGAUAUUUUGGAGGGAAAACCUUGCUAUUAAUAUGUGACAGCGGUGAAGUAGAGCAGAGGAGGGAGGCUGAGUAGAUUAAAGUCUUAGAAGAAAUUUCAAUGGCUCCUAGGAAGAGAGGUGGUACUGCUAGAGCAAAGCCUUCUAAAAAUGAAAAGAAGCCCAAUUUGAAAGAUGUUCCCGAGGAGCCAAAGGAAGAGGAAAAACCCACCUCAAAUCAUGUUGAGGAAGAAAAACCCCCAGCCAAAAAGCCCAGGAGAAGUCCAAGGGGUGCGUCUGUUCCCAAUGGACAAGAGGCUGGAGAAGAAGUGAAAGGUCAAGUAGGUGUGGAGAGCAAUGUUUUAGAGGAUUCUGGCAAGUCCAAAAACGUUGUCAUUGAGCACUGUAAACAAUGCCAGUGUUUCAAGGUGAGGGCAUUAAAGGUGGAAAAAGAGCUGAAAGGGGCUAUUCCUGAUGUGGAAGUGACAAUCAAUCCAGAAAAGCCAAGAAAAGGCUGUUUUGAGAUUCGUGACGGGGAAGGAAACAUAUUCCUUUCACUUCAGGAUAUGCCAAGACCUUUCACCAAACUGAAACAGCAUGACCUAGAUGGAACAAUUUCAGAGAUAAUUGGGAAGAUAAAGUGAUUGCAGUUACCUGUUUUGAUGUUCUAAAUUUUGUACCAAAGGCUGCAAGAUCCUCAGCAUAACUCAAUAUUAUGUAUGACAGAAGCGUAAACUUUGAAAUGCUUGUUCUCGUACCAGCUUUUUUGUAAAUUUGUUUAUGGUCGGGUUUGAUAUCGGGCUUCUGUCUAUUUUAGCAAAUACCAAAACGAGAUCAAAAGUAUAAAACUACCGUAUAUCUUGAUUUUAAGGUGUGACAGCGCAAGUGUAAAAACAUAGUGUAUGCACACGCUUGAUAUAGAAUUAAGUAGUUGGUGUUGAUAAUA